CGGGGUGCGCGGGGCGCGGCGGCCGGAGCCCCGGGCCCGCCAUGGGCCGCCCCGAGCGGGGCGCGCUCCGGCCGCUGGCGAUGCUCCUGCUGCUGCUGCGGCUCCAGCAUCUCGCGGCGGCUGCAGAGCCGCUGCACGGCGGCCAAGGGCCGGUCAAGGAAUGCGAAGAGGACCAGUUCCGGUGCCGGAAUGAGCGCUGCAUCCCCUCUGUAUGGAGAUGCGACGAGGACGACGACUGCUCGGACAACAGCGACGAGGAUGACUGCCCCAAGAAGACCUGUGGGGACAGCGACUUCACCUGUGACAAUGGCCACUGCAUCCCCGAGCGCUGGAAGUGUGACGGCGAGGAGGAGUGUCCCGACGGCUCGGAUGAGUCUGAGACCACUUGCACCAAGCAGGUGUGCCCCGCAGAGAAGCUGAGCUGUGGACCCGGCAGCCACAAGUGUGUGCCUGCCUCCUGGCGCUGCGACGGGGAGAAGGACUGCGAGGGGGGAGCGGAUGAAGCCGGCUGUGCUACCUUGUGCGCCCCGCACGAGUUCCAGUGCAGCAACCGCUCGUGCCUGGCCGCCGUGUUCGUGUGCGACGGCGACGACGACUGUGGCGACGGCAGCGACGAGCGCGGCUGUGCCGACCCGGCCUGCGGGCCCCGCGAGUUCCGCUGCGGCGGCGACGGCGGCGCCUGCAUCCCGGAGCGCUGGGUCUGCGACCGCCAGUUCGACUGCGAGGACCGCUCGGACGAGGCGGCCGAGCGCUGUGGCCGCGCGGGCCCGGGGGCCCCGUCCACGCCCGCGGCCUGCGCCGCUGCCUCCCAGUUCGCCUGCCGCAGCGGCGAGUGCGUGCACCGGGGCUGGCGCUGCGACGGCGACCGCGACUGCAAGGACAAGUCGGACGAGGCCGACUGCCCACUGGGUACCUGCCGUGGGGACGAGUUCCAGUGUGGGGAUGGGACUUGUGUCCUUACAAUCAAGCGCUGCAACCAGGAGCAGGACUGUCCAGAUGGGAGUGACGAAGCUGGCUGCCUACAGGGGCUGAACGAGUGUCUGCACAACAAUGGCGGCUGUUCCCACAUCUGCACAGACCUCAGGAUUGGCUUUGAGUGCACGUGCCCAACGGGCUUCCGGCUCCUGGACCAGAAGACCUGUGGCGACAUCGACGAGUGUGAGGAUCCAGAUGCCUGCAGCCAGAUCUGUGUCAAUUAUAAGGGCUACUUUAAGUGCGAGUGCCACCCUGGCUACGAGAUGGACAUACUGACCAAGAACUGCAAGGCUGUUGCUGGCAAGAGCCCGUCCCUCAUCUUCACCAACCGGCAUGAGGUGCGGAAGAUAGACCUGGUGAAGCGCGACUACUCUCGCCUCAUCCCCAUGCUCAAGAAUGUCGUGGCACUAGAUGUCGAAGUUGCCACCAAUCGCAUCUACUGGUGUGACCUGUCAUACCGUAAGAUCUAUAGCGCCUACAUGGACAAGGCCAGUGACCCGGCAGAGCAAGAGGUCCUCAUCGACGAGCAGCUUCACUCCCCAGAGGGCCUGGCAGUGGACUGGGUCCACAAGCACAUCUAUUGGACUGACUCGGGCAAUAAGACCAUCUCAGUGGCCACAGUUGAUGGUGGCCGCCGAUGCACCCUCUUCAGCCAUAACCUCAGUGAACCCCGGGCCAUCGCUGUCGACCCCCUGCGAGGGUUCAUGUAUUGGUCUGACUGGGGGUACCAGGCCAAGAUCGAGAAGUCUGGGCUUAACGGCGUGGACCGGCAAACACUGGUGUCAGACAACGUUGAAUGGCCCAAUGGAAUUGCCCUGGAUUUGCUGAACCAGCGCUUGUACUGGGUGGACUCCAAGCUCCACCAGCUGUCCAGCAUCGACUUUGGUGGCGGCAAUAGAAAGAUGCUGAUUUCCUCCACUGACUUCCUGAGCCACCCUUUUGGGAUUGCUGUGUUUGAGGACAAGGUGUUCUGGACAGACCUGGAGAAUGAGGCCAUUUUCAGUGCAAAUCGGCUCAAUGGCUUGGAAAUCUCCAUCCUGGCUGAGAAUCUCAAUAACCCACAUGACAUUGUCAUCUUCCACGAGCUGAAGCAGCCAAGAGCUGCAGAUGCCUGUGAGCUGAGUGCCCAGCCUAAUGGAGGCUGUGAGUACCUGUGCCUUCCUGCUCCUCAGACCUCCAGCCACUCUCCUAAGUACACGUGUGCCUGUCCUGACACAAUGUGGCUGGGCCCAGACAUGAAGAGGUGCUACCGAGCACCUCAAUCUACCUCAACUACGACGUUAGCCUCUACCACAACGAGGACAGUACCCGCCAUCACAAGAGCCCCUGGGACCACCGUCCACAGCCCCACCUACCUGAACCACAGCACAGAGACACCAAGCCCGGCGGCUGCGGUCCCAAGCCCAGUUAGUGUCCCCAGGGCUCCCAGCAUCAGCCCGUCUACCCCAAGCCCUGCAACCAGCAACCACUCCCAGCACUAUGGGAACGAAGAUGGUAAGAUGGGCUCAACGGUCACUGCUGCUGUCAUUGGGAUCAUCGUGCCCAUAGCGGUGAUAGCCCUGCUGUGCAUUAGUGGCUACCUGAUCUGGAGAAACUGGAAGCGGAAGAAUACAAAGAGCAUGAAUUUUGACAACCCAGUAUACAGGAAAACAACAGAAGAAGAAGAUGAAGAUGAGCUCCAUAUAGGGAGGACUGCUCAGAUUGGCCAUGUCUAUCCUGCAGCAAUCAGCAGCUUUGAUCGCCCACUGUGGGCAGAGCCCUGUCUUGGGGAGACCAGAGAACUGGAAGACCCAGCCCCUGCCCUCAAGGAGCUUUUUGUCUUGCCGGGGGAACCAAGGUCACAGCUGCACCAACUCCCGAAGAACCCUCUUUCCGAGCUGCCUGUCGUCAAGUGCAAGCGGGUGGCAUUAAGCCUUGAAGAUGACGGACUACCCUGAGGAUGGGACCACCCCCUUCGUGCCUCAUGGAAUUCAGUCCCACGCACUACACUCUCUGGAUGGUGUAUGACUGGAUGAAUGGGUUUUUAUAUAUGGGUCUGUGUGAGUGCAUGUGUGUGUGUGCGUAAUUUUUUUUUUAAUUUAUGUUGCGGAAAGGUAACCACAAAGUUAUGAUGAACUGCAAACAUCCAAAGGAUGUGAGAGUUUUUAUAUGUAUAAUGUUUUAUACACUUUUUAACUGGUUGCACUACCCAUGAGGAAUUCAUGGAAUGGCUACUGCUGAGUGACUAACAUGAUGUACAUAACCAAAUGGGGCCGAUGGGACAGUACCUUCCUCAUCAUCUAGAAACUAUAUUUACAGAGGAUAUUUGAUUUCGGGGGGGCUGUUUUUAGGUUUAGGAGUUUUUGUGUUUUGUAAAUAAGAUGAUUAUGCUUUGUGGCUAUCCAUCAACAUAAGUAAAAAAAGAAAAACCACUUCAACUCCCUCCACCAUUUAGAUUAUUUAUUAACAUAUUUCAAAAAUAAGAUUAGUUCUAUAAGUAAUUUAGAGAAGUGAGAGUAUUUAUUUUUUGUAUGAUUGGCCCACCAUGCAGACUCUGUGUGUGUACAUGACUGCGUGUUUCUAUGUGUAUGUGUGUGACAGAGAAAAAUCUAUAGAGAAGAGGCACACCUAUGGCUAUUGUUCAAAUACGUAAAGAUAAAUUUAUUUUAAAGCAGUCCACAAGAGGGGUAUCCAAUAGUUUUCAGAGACGACUUAGGAAAUUAGACUCAGAAAGCAUACCGUGGUUUGUGCAAAAAUGUAGUGGAAGAGGCAGAUCUUUCCACCUCUGGUUGUUCCUGAGACUCCAAUAGGUCAGGAAAAGCCAUGGCUGCUGUGACUUCCACCUGGGCCUUCUUGGCUGUGGCUAAGGUCAGUGUGCAGACAUUACAGUGCCAGAGCUCUCACGAGCUCGAGACAGAACAGGCCUAAACCUCAGCUACUCUUUGUCUUAAAGUUCAGCUCUUCGAGUAACUUCUUCAAUUUCUUUCAGGACACUUGGGUUAAAUUCAGUAAGUUUCCUCUGAAACACCCAGAAGGCUGCCAUCCUUACUUAGAGAGCUAAGUGGAGAUGUUUCCAGAAUGCCCCAAGUUUACUGUAGAGACUGGCCCCAGGCUCUGAACCUCUGAGACAUGCUGUGGAUGAGGAUAAGGAUGGUGGAGUAGAUUUUAUUACAUCUCUUAUUUCUCCCUUCCCCUUACUCUCUGCCAUUUCCUUUAGGUAGGGAAAACAUUUUAAAGUAAUAAAUAGGUUUCUUACCAUCAUACAUUCAUGUAGAUGAAACUAAUUUUUGGCUUAAGUCAGAAAAACUAGCCAAACCUAAAGUCAUAUUUGAGGGGGGAAAUGGCAUACACACUAUUAUAGUACAUUGGAUAUCUGUGUUCACACAGGAACUUGGUUUACCACUUUGUAAAUAAAAGGAAAAACUCUGGGUAUAUGUAUAGGUUUUUUUUAUUAUGGACACCUUCUUUGCUUUUCCUGGGCUUUGGGGAUAUGGGGAGAAGUGCUGUUUUCUAUUUGUGGGGGUCUACCAUUGGAAACAUAAUCCUACAGUCCCAGAAGGAAUUUAAUCCCCAAGGGCUUUCUCAUCCAAAGUGUGGCAUUUUCUUAACUCUGCUGCUCUGCUACUUCACUCCCACUAGACAAUCAGGGACAGGUGUUACCCAGAAGUGUUUGGCUUAAGUAGGAGCAGAGGACAUGUAUCUAACUUUAACAUACCUGGAACUUGACACAAAGAUGCCUCCUCACCCCCAUCCUCCAGAUGUCCCAACUCAAUGAAGCUUGUACAUUUCACCAGCUUGAUACCCUCUGAAUUUCCAGGCAGACAAUCUGGAGUUCUAACAUCCUGUUCCUAGGACCUUCCUCUGUGUCACUCAUGGUCUCCUAACCUCUAAGAAGACAACUGUGUUCAGAGCUUGGGCACUGUGUUUUGCAUAAGCCAACAAUUUUCUCACGAUAUGCAUGUGUUGAUAGUCCUGACACAUGCAUUGUGAGGGUAAAUGCUGUUGACCUAGAAUGACCAAAUACCAAACAGAAUUUUAAGAACAGGCAGCCACUCCUAUGGAGCUUAAUCAUUUACUACUAUUCUUUCAAGAAUGGAAAGUAAAAUUAUUUUUGACUGAAGAAAAAUGUUGACAAUGAAAAACAUUGAAAUUUACACAAAACAAGUGACUUUUUCUGUAACUUUUCUCCAAAGAAAUUGAAUUUCCCAGGGAAUUAAGUGAUAACAAUGGCUAAUGCAUAUUUUCUAAACUUUCAGUCAGAUCCUGACCUUCACAGAAAAAAACAAUGAAUGGGGUCUGGACAUAAAGUCUGAGAUCUCAAAAUGAUGAUGAAAUCCACAGCUUUCUCAGAAAAAUCCAUGUGUCCUGAAUAUACUUCAACUGCAGUUUGAAAGAGGCAGCUAUGGGAACAACCUACAAGAAACAAAUUGUGAAACACGUGUUGGAUGGCACGAAAUAGAAUGAAAUCUGAGGAGUCAGAUCCACCUUCCCCUUAUUCUUGGAGGCUUUUGAGCCUUGUUUUGAGCUAUAUUUCUGUUGCCUUUUACUCCUACACAUAAGUCUCUAAGCCAAUAACAAAUCAUAGAGUCAUUCAACUAUAGAGCUGGAAGGAAGCUUAGAGAUGAUGCCAAGAGGGCAGAAAAUGUAUCAGACAAUAUUUUCUUUAUGUAAAAGAAGCCAGUCCCAGCCCUUUCCCCCACUUACCUUCUCUAGGAGACUACUACUUUGAGCUGCCUGGACAUUGUGUCCAACUUGCUACCUAUCCUAUGGCCUGUCUUUCCAGUGGAAUUAUAAAGGCACUGGCUGAAAUGGCCUUCCAGAAACAGGGAAAACUGAGACUUUAUUUAUUCUUGAUAGCACGAUUAUUUAUAAAACAGAUUAACCUGUAACCUCAACUGGCAAAAAGAGAAUGAGAUCAGAUUUAAAUUUAUGGCAAUAAGUACUAUUGAUCCUUCUGGCUGUCUCCAUGUGAUUGCAGCAUAUUCAUUCACUAAAACCAUUCACUGGGUACCAACUGUGUGCCAGGCACUGCAGAUGUAAAGGUCAAUCACGUUUUCUGUCUUAUAGAGCUCCCAGUAGCAGUAGAGGAAGAUAUAGGUGGAAAUAAAAAGGAAUAGAUUCUAUUCAGAGUAUAGUUAGGGCACAAAGGAAAAGAGGGGUCAUUCUAUAUGAGGAGAUGAGGAAUAGGGUCAUCAUAGGAGAAUUGACCUUAAGCUAGGUCUUAAAAAUUAAGAAGGGAGUCCAAGCUGCUUCAGGCAGAAGAAACACUGAGCUAAGACACAGAAGCAUGAAACAGCAUAGGGACUUGAGGGAAUUGCACAUAGUUCAUGAUAGCAGGAACAAGAGGUUUGAUGGGGAUAUAGCAGGAAAUGAGGCUAGAUGGGAAGACAGGUUCAAUGUAAGCACUUUAUAAAAUACUUCUAGUUUCCGAUUCAAUUAAGCAAGCAUUUCUUGGUCACUUACUGUAUAGAAGGCACUAAGCAUAUCAUGGAAAAUUGAUCAAGACGUGUGUGCCAGCACUUUGCAGACGACAUUCAGCCUCAAGCUUUGCAGUGGCCAAAGGAAACUGUUGACUGCUUCAAAGAUUUUUGAUAUGGUCAAGGAAAACUCAAAUAAAGGCAGGGGGAUUUUCACAGAAACAUACCAUGUUGUCAAGAGCCUCUUAGAUUUUCUCAGCUGUGAGAAAGAGAACUGGAAAUUUGGAAGACGUGGAGUCUGGAGAGAGGAUCCCCAGUCACGGUCCAGACAGGUGCUGGUGGGAAUGGGGAGGGCACAGGACUGCGAGCCUCUCCACCCAUACUGCAGCCAUGCACUCAUCUCACAGAAUAUAAAUAAAUGAGUUAUCAUUAAAAGUUUCAGAGUAAAUAAUUUCCUUUCCCAUUAAUAAUGCAUGAAGAUAGAGUAUCAGAGUCUUCUCACUGUAUUUUUAGAGUACUGGGUGUUUUCAGGAUAGGGAGAAUUUAGAAGAUGGAGGAAUUACAGCUUCAAAUUUUUAGCUAAUAUGAAAAAUCAGGAAGCUCUCUGUUCAUUCAGGCUAAGCACCAUGUGCACAGUCAAGAAUCAGCAGAAACCCUCUGCAUUUACGAACACUUUUGUGCUAUAAAAAGUAACUUUUAAAAAGCCACCUAUAUAAAUAUAUAUUUAAAGACAAGGUUUUGAUACUUUUUUAUGAAAACUACAAGAGAAAACAAAUACCUGUACAAACCGUGUACUUUUAAAAUAGGAUUUUGUUCUAUACAAGCUGUUGUUAAUUUGGGGGUAAAGUACUGGUUUGCAAACUCCAUCACAUUGUACCCAAAUGGAUUUUCCUUGUUUGUCUUCACCCCACCCACCCCCAGAUUACUGUAUUUGAUGUAACAGUCAGGCAUGUUAGAGUGUUGUGUCACACUAACUGGUUCUACUCUUCUUGUCUUGUCAUUCCAAGUUCCGUUAGCUUCUGUACUCGGUGCCUUUGCAGUCUGGUUUCUCUUCCAGAGGCAAAGGGACUGAAGGUGGUGUGUUGCAUCCCACUAGCUGUACUGACAUCAUCUUGGUAAACUGAAAACCAAAUGUGGACAUUUGUAAAAUCAGUGCACUGUUUCUAGAGAGAGAUUAAAUUCAUAUUUUAAAAUCA